AUGCCUUCCACUGCAUCAAGGACCCCUCAGCCUUGGACUCGAGAACGGAUCUUGUUUGUGGCACUUGCUGCUCGUUUCAUAUUAGUACUUUAUUCUAAUAUUCAUGAUUACAUGUUUGAUGUUAAUUUCACUGACAUAGACUACAGCGUUUACAGCGAUGCCGCGAAACAUGUCGCAGCAGGACGAAGUCCUUUCGAAAGAGAUACUUAUCGAUACACGCCAGCCUUAGCAUGGAUUCUUCUGCCUGUUAACAGCUACAAAGAUUUCGGUAAGAUCUCCUCCUUAGAUAUGGGCUUUGUGAUAGAAAUUUCCAGCAGUGUACACAGCGCAAAAGAGGAUGAUGGGAUUUCGGAAGAUUGGAUCAUUCAAUCAGUCGUGGUUUUUUGGCUUGCAAACCCGUUGACUGCUGUUAUAUCAGCAAGGGGUAGCGCUGACGUGCUGGUCUGUGCUGCUGUGCUCUUUACGCUCUAUCUUCUUAAAAAAGAGCAGUGGAUUGCGGCUGCUUUCGUGCAUGGCGCGUUAGCAGUUCAUCUUAAAAUCUAUCCUGUAAUAUAUCUUCCAUCGAUAUAUCUUCAUUUAUGUCGCUUUUCUGCUAGUCCAUGUAUAUUUGCUAGCAUGAAACAGCUUGUCACAAACUGGAAAGGACUCGCAUUUGCAAUGAUCAGUAUGUGCUGUUUUGGCGCGAUUGUUGCAUUUUUCUACUUAGUCUACGGUGAUCUCUUCCUGGAAGAAUUUCUUUUGUACCACAUAAAAAGGCGAGAUAUCGCACACAAUUUCUCGCCGUACUUCUAUGUACUUCGAUUGAUUGAUGAUGAUGAGCUUCUUUCAAAGUUUGUCGGAUUCCUGGCCUUUUUGCCACAGAUGGGCCUCGUUUUGUAUUUCUCCUUCAGGUAUCAUCACGAUCUUCCAUUUUGUUGGUUCAUGAGCACAUUCGCUUUUGUGACGUUCAACAAAGUAUGUACAAGUCAGUACUUUGUAUGGUACAUCUGCUUACUUCCACUGAUUACCGACAGAUUUGAGAUGUCAGUAGGAGAAGCACUACAUCUGAUUGGAAUGUGGUUUGCCAGCCAAGGAGUAUGGCUGUUCUUUGCCUAUCUGUACGAAUUCCGCAAAUGGCGCACACUUGAGUUUGUUUGGAUGGCGUCGUUAUUGUUUCUUGUUGUUAACUGGAAUCCAGCACAUACUGAACAGAGGUGGACAGCUCUCUGUAACACCAAGACCGAGAUGUCGACUCGUACUCCACGUAUAUGGCAGAAAGGAAUCCAGAAUUAUGUCUUCCUUCCUGACUUCUGGAUGGCCGUAGUUUCGACUCCCGUCGUUGGACGAAAUAAGGUGCCUAGAAACUGUGUGAAAUUCGAGGUGGAUCCAAGAAUGACAAAGCACGAUGUGAGGGAAUACCUAACUAAGAAUCUACGACCUUCCGCAAAGGACUUCGAAUUUGUUCCUCCGAACGUUCUACCUACUGAUGAUGAACAAGAACAGCUACAAAAGGCCAGAGAACAACAGGAGAAGAUCACUGUGAACGAUAGAUUCGUGAAUCGGGACAGGAAGAAGAUUGGAGAGCUGUUAGCACUAUUGCUUGUCCAAAUUGGGAUUAAUCACAGUUCUAUUCGCCAGUACACUCGUUUUGAGAGUCAGGGUUCGAUGGUGUUCUACCUAAUAGGAUUGGGUCUGGGUGAUGUGGAAGAUAUCACUGUGAAAGGCCUGAAUAUAGUGAGAAAGUGUAAACGAGUACACCUUGAGGCAUACACGAGUAUUCUUUGCUAUGGAUUGGAUAAAUCGAAACUUGAAGAUUUCUAUGGACGUGAGGUCAUCGAAGCAGAUCGCACUAUUGUUGAACAAAAUGCAGACGAGAUAUUAGACGGUGCCGAUGUAGAUGAUGUAGCAAUGCUCGUUGUUGGGGAUCCGUUUGGUGCCACGACGCAUACCGACCUUGUUCUUCGCGCAAAGCAAAGGAAUAUCCCGGUAAAGGUCGUGCACAACACUUCCAUAAUGAACGCUGUUGGUUGUUGCGGCUUACAGUUGUACAAUUUCGGUGAAACAGUCUCGAUAGUGAUGUGGUUGGACGGAUGGGAACCAGAUAGUUACUACGACAAAAUAGCGACAAAUAUGAAAAAUGGAUUUCACACGCUGUGUCUGCUUGAUAUAAAAACAAAAGAGCAGUCAAUAGAAAACAUGAUGAAAGGAAGAAAGAUCUACGAACCACCUCGUUACCUAACCUGCGCCGAAGCAGCCGCUCAACUGUUGAAGAUAGCGGAACGUAAGAAGGAAGCUGGUACAGAACCUGCCUACAACGAAUCGUCACCCUGUGUAGGACUCGCGCGGGUCGGUUGGGAUGAUCAGAAGAUAGGUACUGCACGCUUGAGAGCAGAUUUAAUGAUACGAUCUGGAACCAUCCGUGGUUGCAUCUCAUAA